AUGGGACAUGAUUACAGUUACAGCCAGCCAUCUUCAUCAUCAAACUCUGUAGACAUAACCUCCCUCCUUGAAGCAGAAUGUCAGAUGUACGCGGAUGAAGCUGAGAGUAGCUACUUCAAUGCUAUGGCGACUGAGUACCAAGCUCAACCAGAGGCUGAUGAUGGAAUCCCGACUACAUGCUACUGUGGUGCGGAGCCUGUUAUCCGAUACUCUUACACUCCUAAAAACCCAUACAGACGGUACUUUACGUGCGACAAUGCUGAGGAUGGAGACUGCCACGUUUGGAAAUGGUGGGACGUGGCGGCCAUGGAGGAGAUGAGGGACUUUCAGAGGGAGCUUAGGCAGCUUAAGGGUCAAGUUAAUGAGAGUGAGCAUAAGCUGUGUAUCCUCGAGAAGACAGUAUCCGAGUUUUCAAAGAAGGAAGCAGGAGUUAAGCUAAUGGUCUUUAGCUUAGUUUUAAUAGGGUUGGUGUUACUGAUUCUGCGUGGUGAGUUUCUGUUCCUUGUGAUUCUUUCAUCUCAGUUGGUUAGCAAUAUGAUAGUUUCAUCUCAUUUUUCAGGAAUAUUUGGAAAUGGUUCAAAGGAAUGUCGCGCGUUUCUGUAAUAAGGUUAAGGCUGAAGUUGUCACGGGUGCAUUGAAGCUUGGGAAAGUCACGGGUGCAUUAGGAGUAGGGAAAGUCACGGGUGCCUUAGGAGUACUGAAACUCACGGGUUCAUCUCUUUCAGUUUAUGUAGUAUAAGUAGUUCUCGUUUGGUCUUUAGCUAUGUAUCACCUUCUCUUUCUUUCCUCUUCAUCAAAACUUGACUUAUGUUCUUGUGGUUUCUCGGAGAUGUUGUAAGAUGUUGCUACCAUGAUCUGCUAAAGUUCACAAAACCUGCUGAUCUCUUGUAAUAUUUGCGUGUAAGAAGUUCUUCUCUUGA